AUGAUGGAUAAUUGUCACCAAUCAAUUCUUAGUGAUUAUAAACCAAAUAGAAAUUCAACUGAACAAAAUGAAACAAUAUCUACAAUGAUUUCAUCUACUACAACAGACGGUAAAACUUUUGAUUUGUGCGAACAAGAAAAUAUUUUGACCGAUCAAUUAGAAAAAUGUAAAGUAAAAGAUGCGACACAUUUAUCUGAAAGAAUUAAACGAACAUAUCAACGAAUUGAUAGUUAUAUACGUGAAGAUAGAAUAGAAGAAGCUGAACAAGAAAGGAAAUAUUUAAAUGAAUUAGAACAAACGCAAAUACUUCACGAACAAGUAGUUUUUCAGAAAUCAAAUAGAUAUCAGAAAAAUACUCUAGUAGAAAAUAAUCGAUCUGAUCUAAAGAAUUUACGUGAUGAUUUGACUGAUAUGCCUUAUUGUGCUGAGAAAAUGACCAUGGAACUUUUGGUCUAUUUUCAUCAGAGAUUACUUGAUGAAUUUAUAUUUUUAGAAACAUCUGAUUCAGUAAUUCAGAAAUUAGGAGAGUUAAAAACUCAAAUACACGAUGAAGAAUUAUUUUUCGAAGAAAUUCGAACAUAUUUUGAUGAUUUAAAUAGAAAUAUUUAUAACGAAGAUUGUUCAUCUGCAGUUAAUAUGUUAAAUAAUAUCUUAAGAAAAAUACGACCUUUACAUUUACAAGAAAUACAAAGAUUGAUAGAAAAAAUGGAAAAAACAGCUGAACUUAUUCGUAAUAAAGAUAUUGUUCUAUUAAUUGGUGUCACUGGAUGUGGAAAAUCAACAACAGUUCAGUUUCUUGCCGGUGCUAAAAUGAAAGAAACUAAAGUAGCAACAGUUCCUGGAAGAUUUUUAGAUCAUAUAGAAAUGUGUGAACCUAUAGAAAAUCCUGGAUUAAUUCAUAUCACAACUAGUCCAUAUUGUAGAUCAGAAACACGUUAUGUUAUGCCUGUUACAGUUCCAUUACAGGAUAUUUUUGGUCCGGAUGAAACCGGUGAGCUUAUUUUCUGCGAUACACCAGGUUUUGGUGAUACAUCAGGUCCAGAAGUUGAUAUUGCAAAUUCUGCUGGAGUUCUCGAAGCUCUUAAAAAUUGUAAAAGCGUAAAGAUACUUGCUUUAUCAAGUUAUAAAAGUUCAGGAGAUAGAGGACAAGGAAUACAAAAAUUAGCACAAAUAUUAGUUAAAAUGAUAGAUCAUAUUGAAGAUCGGCUUAAAUCUAUAAUGUAUGCUUUUACAAAUUACAAACUAACAACAGAUAUUCAUGCUCUAUUGACAGAUAUGAUUAAUAAAANAAUAUGUUAA